AUGUCCUGGUACAGCAAGCCAGCAUCGCGGUGGUGGGAGGAGAGCUCUGAAAAGAAAUGGCACGAUAGGGAGAGCUCUCGAUCUUUGGCAAAGGCCUGGAACUCAGAAGGCCAUGAGACAUGGAAUGGACAGUCGAGAGGAAAAGAUGACUGGAAAGCCCUGGGAGAAUGGGCGCAGUCCAAGACCAAGACAAAGGGUGACUUCCGAGCAUCACCAGGAGAUUGGUCAGGAAAGGUGAAGGAUUGGAAAAGCGAAAAAAUCGAAAAGCUCCAACGCCACCAGUGGGUGGCCAAGAGCGACAAGCAGCUUGAAAGUGACAAACCUCCAUCAAUGGAUCCGGCGGUGGCACUGGAGGGUGCACUCGCAGAUGUGGAGGAGCUCCUUGGUGAAAGGUUAGAUUCCACUCGAGAAUUGCUGGAGGACAGUCACCGAAGUGCGAUGGAAGCAGUGCGACUUGCGACCCUCGCCCUUGAGCUUUUGACCAGAAAGGCCGUUGAUUGCAAGAACGAAGAGGAUCUGAACAAUGUGAUGCGGGCGAAGCAAUCCGUACGUGAACUGCUAAUGUGGCGCAACUUUGGUUUGAAGACGUGGCUUCACAACAAGCCAGAUCCAAUGAACUUUCAAAGAUAUGAUGCAGAGGUCCAGAACGAGUUGAGGCAAACUUUUACAAAGAUUGAGCAAAACCUCUUGCAGGAGCUGGUCGCAGGAGAUUCUUGGUCAAAGCUAGCAAGGAAGCUGAGGUUUUGCGUUGGGAACCAAGACUUUUCAAGGGAAAUGCGAACUUUGCUCACUCGCAUCAUCAGUAGCUGCGAGCUGGCGCAGCGGGCCAGGCACAGGAAGAGUACGAAUGAGGCGCCAAUGUCUGAGGCAGACCAGGCACUCUUUGAGGAGAUGGCAGCAGAUGCUGCCUUUGGGAAAGAGGUGAUUCGCGCAGUGCGAAAUGACCAAUUUCGGCAUCAGGAAGUUAUUUAUCCCUACGCUGAAGCUAGAGAUCCAGCAUGGAUGCAGCAGAUGUUGGGUUGGCACGUUCCACAUGUUCCACCAGCCAAUGUGCAAUGUGGUCAGCUUUCUCAACCUUUGCCGGUGCAAGCCCAGAGGGUGAUGUCCCAGGUUCAGAGGAUGCCAUGGGCUGAGCCAUGGGCUGAGUGGAAGAAUUUCUCAUCCAGUGCUGGGCACGCACUGUUCGCACUUGCUCUGUUGUCCUGCCUCGUCCUGCCAUGCAACUUGGCUCAGACCAAAGCCUUGCCAGCAUCUGGACUGAUGGAUCAAGCUGCACAUGAGGGAGGUGAUGAGAGAGCUGCGAGAGCUCCACACCUCACGACAUGUGCUGAGCCGGUUGACUACGAGGUGGUGAUUCCGACAUACCGUCGCUGGCGAUCAACACAGGAGGUAACAAAAAAGAAACGCUUCAAAGACUCCAAUCAGCCCUUCAUUGUGGAUCAUACUUUAGGUUUCUUGUCCAGGGAAGGUGUGCCCAAGGAGCGGGUUACACUGUUCGUGGCGAAUGAGGAGGAAAUGAAUGAGUACCGCAAAGCGCUUGAGGACUCUGACUGGACAGAUGUACGGAUUCAAGUUUCAGUUCCUGGUGUGCGGGAUAGCCGCAAUUUUAUCUAUAAAUUCUUUCCAGCCGACACUUAUGUGGUCAGCUUGGACGAUGACAUGGAAGGCAUCACGUGGAAAGUUCGGGAAGGUGGCGCUUCAUCAUGUUGUGUUGAUCUGCCUGCAGGAAGUUUCAUCAAGAUCAUUUACGAUGCGUACCAGCGCAUGAAGGAGACAGGUGCCUUUCUUUGGGGCUUAAGCACAUCUCAGAAUCCGCGUUUUCUUGUCUUGGACGAUGUCUCGACCCGAAAUGGUCUGGUGAAUGGAUAUUUGCAUGGCUUCAUCUGCCGACCAGAUGCAGUGCACAACCUUCUGCGGCGUCUUCCAGACUCUGUUGAGGAUGCCGAGUUUUCAGUGAGGCACUUUGCAAAGGACAAAGUGGUGCUGCGUUACAGAAUGUAUGCAGGUGUGACAUCUCCGUACACCAACAGCGGUGGACUCCAGAGCAAGUUUCACGCUGAGACUGGCAGCAUUCGCAAGUCGGAGGAGUGGUGUGGUGCACAGCAACUGCAUGAACUCUUUCCCACUUUGAUCGCAGCCCCCAGUGAUAGCCAGACAUGUCGGCAAUAUGCAACGGAGGUUCGCUUCAUCAGUCAAACUGGGCUGGGCAUCAAAGCGCGAAGGUUGGCAGUACGACGGCUUCAAGGACUUUGUCGAUUUAUGCUUCCGCAGUUGAAGGGAAAGGGGAAGGAAAAGAGAAAGAAGAAAACUGCUUUGGCAGCAUUGGCACGACUGAAGGCUUUCGCCAUCAGGAAAAAGUCAAAGACAGAGAUGCCAUCAAAAAACGCCAAGAAUUCAACAAACAGGACAACAAACGGAGAGGCAGGAAAAGCCCCUCAAGCUGAGCGGCCUCUGUCCUUGCUCGGGGAAGACCUCAUUCGAUUCAUGCCCAAUCCCAAAAAGAAAGGGACCGAUGCCCAUCGCCGAUAUUCCAAAUACUGCCGUGCAAGGAAGGUAAAGGAUCUUGCUGGGCUUGGCUGCAAGAACAUAGAUCUUCGCUAUGAUCUGAAAUCUGGGUACCUUAAAGUUGUUGAACUGGACACCCGCCCUGCCAGCAAUGAGUGCGUGGUGGAAGAUGAAGUCCCUUCCAUCCCAAUGCCAGCCAAUCCUGGCAGGGCACGUUCAGUUCAAGUCCGGCUAGCUGAGGCGACUGGGAAACAUCCAGGCCUCUAUCUCAGCAAGGAGUUGCUACUUCCUCUGCUGCAGCGCUGCCCUGCACUGCAAGGAAGCUGGUCACUUUGUGCGGCCAAAGCAGGGCCACUGGCAAAGGUUUCACUGCCCUGCUUCCGGAUCCUCAUGCAUUGGACAAAGACCAGCCGCUUGGUCUUUGCCCACAGUCGUGCAGCUGAGCUGCACAUGGCUCUGCAGAACCUUGGUGCCAAGCGCACAGCAGAACGACUUCGUGAGUGGAUGAGCAAGCAGGAGUUGAAGUUCAAUUUGAUGUCCUUUGAUGGUCCGCCGGCAGAAGAAUUUCCGCCUCUUGACCCAGGAAAGGCUGAGUCAAGGCCGAAACCUAGUCGGAAGAGACCUCGCUCCGCAAUGCGCCGUGGGAAGCACUGCGAAACAAAAUCCACAAAGUGUGUAGAGGCAACUGCGGCAACGGGCACAGCUCGUCUCAUCUUUGCCAAAGCGCAAAAUGUGCAAAGUCUGGCAGACAGACAAAGUGAAUUGAAAGCUACAGAUGCUUCGAACACGUCGAACACUUCGAACGGACUGGUGGCUGUCAGCAAAGAGGCCAAAGUUAUUGAUUCUUCACUGCCUAAUUUUGGUGGGAAGGAAAGCCUUGCAGCUUUACCACCAGCUGAAGCAGCUGUCUCCACAGAUGGGGAGCCAAAGGAGCAAGACCGAGAUGGUCAGGAAGAUUCCAACUCAAGGCUACAGAGUCCAAGUGCUGAAUCCAAUGAAGCCGCAGAGCCUACAAAGUCCAAGAAACAGAAGUGUGGGACUCAUGGGACUUCCAUCUUAAGCCUACUUACUUCUGGAUCGAAAGCUCAGGAUCAAAGCUCAGCUACAGCUCCGACCUCACAGUCAUUCGAGGGUAUGGAAGCUACUCCUUCUGGGAAAAUAUGUGAUGAGCCUUGCGAUACCCACAGUGAUGUGCCUAUGAACAGCGGUGAAUCCAGACUGGAGGGACGCAUGCCAGCGACACCAAUGCAGAAUGGUGAUUCAAAUCCAAGUGAUCAAGAGACAAAACCAGAGAGGACAAAGAUCCAGCCUAGUGGGCACGUUAUGCUUGUCCUUGGAAACCAGCAGCAUCGUCAGAAGAGCUUGCGAUCCAUGUUUGCUGGCCGUGGAGGCUGAGGUCAGAUGCUGUCGGAUGUACAGAUUUAUCGGAUUUAUCGGUUGAACAUAGUUGAACCAAAACUAAGGUGAGACAUAGUUGAACCAAAACAUAGAUGCUGUCGUGAAUGCCAUGGAGUUUUUAAAGAGGCAUUCCAUUUUGGGUGUGGGGUUGGAAGACGAGGGGUGUCUUCUGACAAGCCCCGGCUUGUCAAGGGGCCCAGGAUAAAAAAGCUGUGGCGUGGACAAAGGACCUUGCACAUCCCAUGUCGGUGUAGCGAGUCUUGCAUAUAGAAUUCUGCUCAUUUCAAACCUCCAUUUCUGAGCUGCAAGUGUAACUUUGCACCAUGACACUUCAUGAGUUUUCAGUGAUUUCUUGCAUGCAAUGGCUCAUCAUAAUAUUUCUCAAGCCAUCAUUCCCAUUAACUGCUAAUACCCUAAUAUCUUGAUUCUGGGCAGUGACAUCC